CGCGGGGCCGCUGGUGUGUGAGGAGUGGAGUCCGGUCGUGACUGAAGGAGCGGAGUCUGAGAACCGGAGCCCGGACUGAUACAGCGCUGCUCCGCGGGGUCUGAGCGCCGAGUUCAGUUCGUUAUGAGCGGCUGAGAGGGAGAGGCUUCCCCCUGAGAGCGGCUUAUUUACUCCCGAGAGUCGGCAGCAGCAGCACGGUGUUAUCAGCAGCAGGAGGAGGAGGAGCAGCAGGUAAACACGCGCAGCAGGUGUGAUGGAGAUCCCACGUAGUUGGGGUGGAGUGUGCUCCCUGCCGUGGUACGUGGGUGGUUCACAGGUGCUGGGCGUGGCAUGCGUGGUCAUCACGGGUGUGUGGAUGGGGCACUUCUACGGUGGCUACGCCUGGAACGGUUCGGGGCAGCAGUUUAACGUGCAUCCGCUCUGCAUGGUCCUGGGCAUGGUCUUCCUCUAUGGAGAUGGUGUGUUGGUGUACCGUGUGUUCAGAAACGAGAGUAAACGCUCUGUGAAGAUUCUCCAUGCCCUUAUACAUAUGAUGGCCCUCGUUAUCAGCAUUGUGGGUUUGGUGGCGGUGUUUGAUUACCACAACAAGGCUAACAUUCCCAACAUGUACUCUCUGCACAGCUGGUGCGGCAUGCUGACCUUCGUCCUCUACUUCCUGCAGUGGCUGCUGGGCCUGGGCUUAUUCCUGUUCCCCUGGGCGUCGACAGUGCUGAGGAGCUGGUACCUUCCGCUGCACGUCUUCUUCGGACUGGUGCUGCUGGCCAUGGCUGUGGGUUCCUCUCUCAUGGGCAUCACAGAGAAGCUGCUCUUCAGCCAGUCCUCGUCCUCGUCCUCGACGUUAGCUCCCGAGGCGGCCCUGGCUAACGUUCUCGGCCUGCUCCUGGUGUGUUUUGCGGUCCUGGUGGGGUUCGUGGUGACCAAAGAAGAGUUCAGACGGCCCCCAAACCCCGAGGAAGAGGCCCUGUCUGUGCACUUCAACACACUCAACGAUGGCUCUGGCCCAAGCUCUCCCUAACCCAGCAGCAGCCGCUGUGGAGAUGCCACCAUUCUUAUCUUACUGUCAAGCCUAAAGUCUCUUCAGUCUGUCCUCACGCCUUCCCGUUCCUUAGUCCAUAAUAAUCCUCUUUCACUAGUCUGGUUUUGCCUGGUUCACACUACACGAUUUUAGUACCACUUUAAAAUAAGACUACCUUUAUAAAGGGUUUAUAAAUGGUUACUAAUUAGGUUGUAAAUGCCUUAAAAAUCAUUAAUAAUCACUUAUAACACACCCACAGCCAUCUAUACUGUUGCCCUUUCUACAUAUGUGUUAUAACUGAUUAUUAAUGAUUUUUAAGGCAUUUACAACCUAAUUAGUAACCAUUAAUAAACUAAUUGUAAACCAUUUAUAAACCCUAUAUAAAGGUAGUCUUAUUUUAAAGUGGUACCGUUUUUUUUUUUUUGUCAGCGACUGUUUUUUUUGUAGAUCGCAGACAAAACCCUCUUCUUGGAGCCAAAUCAUCAUUAUUUAAUCUGAACUACUUAAAGACGUUUUUACCCAGCCAUUGCCAAAUGAAUACAGCUGAGUAACUGAUGCUCUGCAAAAAUCUAGCCAUUUUAAUAUCUAAACAAGCUGGAGAUUGAGGUCGUUUUUUUUACACCAACACUAUUUGGUCCAGUUAAAACAAACUCUGGUUCAUUUGUACCCUUAGUGCGGUUCAAUUGAGCAGGUGUGAACACAGUAAUAGCAUUUGGAUCUCGAACGGUUCGCUUGCGGUGAGAAAAUGACCCAUCUUAAGCCGACCCAGCUAUCAAAUAUACAGUUUGAUCUGAUAUAUUAGGUUAGUCUGGUAUAUAUUAGCCAGAUAAUGCUAAUUACCACAGCUUUGAUCAUCAAACGCUGUCUCUGCUUCAUGCUGUUUACACACGCGCUCUGUGCUGCGUUCACUACUCACAGCUGUGCGACUCCGUUUACUACCUGUACAUCCCAUUGAAAACACUGUGAUUGGGUGGUGCUGAGUGGUCCAGCAGCGGUCUAAAGCACUGCCACCAUGAGCAGGAGGUCGCAGGUUUGAACCCCUUCUCAUUAUAAUAAAAAAAAGAAAAGAAAAAAAGAAAACACUGUGAUUGAAAGUGCAAUUUAUCAGCGUUUACACUGCACAGAUACACGUGCUGAAACACAGAAUCCACUUCUCUCUCUAUUUACUUUUUUGCUCUCGUGAUUACAGCCCAGCCAGCCGUACAGAGUGAACAAUACAACGACCUGACCACUCAAAAAGUAGUGUAGUAUGAACCAGACAUUACUGAAAACACUGUGUUCCAACAGACCUGAUCAGGAAUCGAUCAGUUCACUGCAGGGGGAACUGAUCAAACACAGUAAUGAUCAGUGGAAGAUGAUGAUUAGGGCUCCAGGAAUGGACUAACACAAGCUGCUGCCAAAGGCUUUCUAACACUGCCCCCUUCUGUUCGAAAAAGGCAUUACAGGGUCGAUUUUAGGAGAAACAACAAGGUGCUUUUAGUUAAACGGCUUGAUGUAGGAAAGUCAAAAUGAAGGACUGCCAAUAUAAAACCUGUUUAUACAUAAAAUACACAUUCAUACAUAGAUUUUCAUGUUUAGAAGUGAAGUUUCCAAAUGUUUCUGUAUUUAAUCUUUGCCAAUCUGACUGAGUUUUCAUGUUUCAGACCAGCAUACUGUAUAAUACCAGUCAAAGGUUUGGACACUGUCCACUAACAAGUUGGGAAUAACUUAUAAAUUAAAUUAAAUUAAAUUAAAUUAAAGUACUACUAAUGUUUUGUUGGCUGAGCAGAUAAACGUUUCCAAACCUUUAGCAACUAGUGAACCAAAGCCCACAAAGAAAAAAAAGUGACUGAUGGGCUUAAACUGCCUCAGGAACCUUUCUUGUGAAAGACCGUUUUUUUCACCAUUUAGCCACAACAAGCAAAACUUGCACGAUUGAUUUGUCCUAUGUUUUAUUUUUGCCAACAAUUUACAGAAUAUCUGUCAUAUCAAGCCAAACAAAAAAUGAAGACAUUACCACUCGAGCUCACUGGGAUGUGGGUAAAGACCAAAGGUUUAAAAGCAUUGGAGUAGAAGAACCAGAAAUACUAGUGCAUCUCAAAAAAUAUAAUAGAAUAUCAUUUAAAAGCUACUUUAUCUCUGUAAUUCAGUUUAAAAUGCGAAACUCAUAUAUUUUAUAGAUGUAUUACACGCAGAGUGAUCUAUUUUAAGCCUUUAUUUCUUUAAUUGUUGAUGAUUAUGGCUUACAGGCAAUGAAAAUCCAGAGGCACACAGUCCAAGCUGAUUGAGGUCUAGUGUGAAGUUUCCACCAAUCAGUGAUGGUUUAAAGGAGAGACAUGUCUGUCAUCUGCUGGUGUUGAUCCACUGUGAUUCUCACAAAACCUUACAGCACUUCAUGCUUCCCUCUGCAUCUGACAACUUAAUACAGAGAUGAGGAUUUCAUUUUCCAGCAGGACUUGGCACACUGCCCACACUGCCAAAAGUACCAAUUAGUCUUAUAUAAUAUUCUAAUUUUUUGAGACACUGAUUUUUGGGUUUUUAUUGGCUGUAAGCUUCAUAAUCAUAUCAACAAUAAAAUAAAAAACGCUUAAAAUAGAUUACU